AUCUGUCACUUCACAAGAGUAUCGUUGUCAUCGAGCAGCUCAAAGGUUUUUUUUUCAUCCUUUGAAAAAUUUUAGAUAUUUUUGAACAGGAUGGCUGCUAAUUUAGGGAGGAUUUGCGGCACAAAUUUAUUAAAAGCAAAUGUUAAUUUAACAUCACUUCAACAGGUUUCCAACUUUUCAACAGCAAAGCAAUGGACUAGUAAUCAAAAAAAGCUUUUUGCCGCUGUUGGUGCUGGAAUUGGAGGUUUAGGUACUCUACUUUUCGCUAUGGAACAAACUGUGAAGGCUUCAGGUACAGAAGUUCAUCCAACGAAAUGGCCGUGGAGUCAUAGUGGAAUUUUUUCGUCUUUAGAUCAUUCUAGCAUGCGUCGAGGCUACGAGGUUUAUAAGCAAGUUUGCGCGGCAUGCCACUCUAUGCGUUUCAUUGCUUAUCGUAAUCUUGUUGGGGUUACCCAUACAGAAGCGGAAGCAAAAGCAGAAGCUGAACAAAUAAUGGUUACAGACGGCCCAGAUGACUCUGGAGCUAUGUACCAAAGGCCGGGCAAAUUGUCGGAUUACUUCCCAAGUCCAUAUCCCAAUGAAGAGGCAGCACGCGCUGCUAAUAAUGGUGCAUAUCCUCCAGAUUUGAGUUAUAUCGUGUCAGCACGUCAUGGAGGUGAAGAUUAUAUUUUUGCUUUAUUAACGGGCUAUUGUGAAGCACCAGCAGGUGUAAUAAUUCGGGAAGGUCAAUAUUUCAAUCCAUAUUUCCCUGGUGGCGCCAUUUCAAUGGCACAAGUUUUAUAUAACGAGGUAAUUGAGUAUGAAGAUGGAACUCCAGCAACGGCCAGUCAGUUGGCGAAAGAUGUUGCAACUUUCCUAAAAUGGACUUCAGAGCCUGAGCAUGAUCAACGCAAAAGGAUGCUUAUUAAAGCAAUAGGAAUAUUUGCAUUCUUAACAGCCAUUUCAUAUUAUAUUAAAAGGCAUAAAUGGUCGGCAUUAAAAUCAAGAAAGAUAGUUUUUGCCCCAAAGAAAUAAAUAAUACUAGAACAGCGGUUAUUUAAUAACUUAAGAGAACUUCAACUUAUAAUAAUUAAAAAAAAUUAAAUUUAAAAUAAAACGAAAAAAUUCAAAAUUUAUUAUUAAAAGUUAUCAAUUUCUUAAACCACUAUACAUAUUUUGUUGUACGAAUUUUCGGAAUAUUUUCUUCUAAUGUUCUAAUAUUUUUGUUUAAAGCUGAUCAAGCUUUUAAGCCGAUAAAUGCAUUAUCUACUUUUUUUAAUGCUAUUGUAUAUAAAUUUAAUGGAUUUAGUCAAAAAAUGCUUUUUAUUUUACUAGCCGGACUUUUAUUAUAUUAUUUAAAAAUAAAUUUAUAGAAAAAAUUUAUUUAUAAUAAUUAAAUUUAAAUUUACAAAAGGUCGGAAGUCGACAAAACAAUAAAAGUUAAAACCUUAA